AGUUUAUGUGAUUUAUUUUCCCAUUACUUUGGUGGGAAGUCGUUGGACAUGGUAUCUUCCUCCAACUCAGUGCUGCUGUGUAACUGAGAUGUUUUCAUCACCAAAAGGGAUUAAUAUAUUGAUUAUUUUUCGAUAGAUGGAUUCAUCUUUAUUCUAUAAUAUGCCCCAAAAAAAUUGGAGAGAUUUUAUUUUAAGUGAUAGCAGCAGAGGCAAAUGUUUGAUAUCUCUGCUCGAAAAAUGACUUGAAGUGUUCAUUGUUUUCAUAAUCGUGGCCAAUCUAUUUUUCUUACGAUCAACUCAUAAAAAAAACAAUCCGUUGUUUCUCCUCUGAUGUUUGCCUCAUAGAAACCACUGUACUUGUGUUCCAUCCCUCAAAAACACCACUGAGGUCUGGAAUAUUGGACCAUUCAACUUCAACGUCAGUUGAAUGACAUGAAUAUGAUCAGGAUUUGAAAUUGCCACAUUCUUUAUUUAUUAGCAGCAUUGACCUGUGUUUCAGUUUUUCUCUGUAACAUUAUCCUGACAUUUAAUGGGGAUGGAAAUCACCCUCAUUUCUCUGUGAAGGUAAUGAGACAGGCUCCUGGCAGUUGAGAAGAGAAGAACUUCUUGACCUACACCACUCCCAGAGUUACAGGAGGCUGUUUUCCCUAAAUGUAAUGGCGGACAAGACUGUGGAUCGUGGACCCUGGACAGGAUGUUCAGUUUUGUUUCUGCAGUCGCUCUGUCCCGGUGUGAACCUGCUCUCUCUCUACAAGGACCAACAGGGAAAGUUUAUCAUUUACAAAGUCAUCAAGCUAACACUUAUAGAUUCUGCAGGAGGUCUGGGUGGUUAUGAGAUACUGAAGGUCCAUGAUGCUGAUCCCUUCCUGGGGGUGGAGGUGAAGUUUGUGGAUGUGGCAGCAUGUCAGCAGUUCCUGGAGAGCUACAGCUCGGGAGCGGUGCGUCAGUCUCUCUCGCAACACGCCUGCCGGCUUCUUGCUUUGCCUCAGGAGUUGACAGUGGAAACCCAGCUGAAGGCCAGCACGCACAUCCUGGACCUCAAUCUGGACAAGCUGGAACUUUGCUUAGAGCACAUCCACCAUUCACAGCCGGAGCGCCUGCGCGAUGAGGAGAUCGAUCAUCUGGAGCAGCAGCUGCAGAGUCAGGCCCUUGGUCCUGCCCCACAGUCCACCAUCAUAACACAGGAAGAGCCUCCUGUCCCCAGCAACUGCUUCAAGUUUCAGAAUAAAGUGUUCGAGGACCGAAUGCUGACAGCAGCAGAUGUUCAGAGCUUUUCCAACGGAGUGGGCCGUCAGUGGAAGCAUGUAGGGAGGGCGCUAGGCAAGAGCUGCCGUGCUCUGAAGGGUCCGGCCAUAGACAACCUGGCCUACGAGUACGAGAGAGAAGGGCUGUAUGAGCAAGCCUAUCAGCUGCUCAGUCGCUUCAUCCAGGCAGAGGGCAGAGCCGCCAAGCUGAGCCGGCUGGUCAAAGCCUUGGAGGACUGCAAACUCACCAGCCUGGCAGAAAAUAUUCUGGACAUACAGCCACGAGAGUAACACACAACUGUGCUUUGGUUCUGCAUGUACGAGUCGUGAAAACUGAGGGGGACAGGUCCUCCCUACAUGAGUGGUUCACGUUGUCCCACCUGCUUUGAUAUACAGUAUGUUUGUUCUUGAUUGAUGUCUGUCAUCCUCACUUUUUACAAUCAUUCCUUUCUGUGAGCGUGUGCACGUGUGUGUGUGUGUGUGUGUGUGUGUGUGUGUGUGUGUGUGUGUGUGUGUGUGUGUGUGUGUGUGUGUGUGUGUGUGUGUGUGUGUGUGUGUGUGUGUGUGUGUGUGUGUGUGUGUGUGUGUGUGUGUUUGACAGGUUAUGUGAACACAGGCUAACAUCUCUGUGAGAAAAGAGUGAUUUCUUAUCUUGAUUUGCGUUUCAAUUAUUAGUACUGUUGAUAAUUGUUUUCAUCUAGAUGAAAUGAUCUGUCAUCACUGUUGAAAAAAGAAGUUGAAUGCACUGUUGAAACAGUCUUUAUCCUUUACCUCUUUUAUUCCUGCUUUAUAUGUCAAUUUACAGAUGGAACCUGUUUGGUCUCAUUUCUAAUGACUAAACAACUGAAGGUUAUUGAUUUUUUUCUAUAAAAAUGGGUGCAUACAAAUUAAAUGGCUGUGAAAAAAAGUCUUGCAUUAAUGUAAUUAAAACAGAAAAAAAUAUUUUUUCCCAAAUUCCCUCAGAUAUAAUUUAGCGAUAAUCCUCCCUCCCUGCCGACCAUUAUUGCCUGUCACUUCAACAUGUGCGCAUGCUCAUGAUUAAACUGCUGAUUACUGAUA